UAAUUAAUGAAACACACCCAGCUCAGCUGGGCCGGUUGAUGGCUAUGGAGAUCCUGCUGCGGCAGUUUGCCUGGCACCUGCUGCAGGAAGCUCACAGCUUCCAUAGCCAGCGCCUCUCGGCCCCGUUGGCCACGGAAUGGCUGGCCUCGCACGAUUUGUUGGAGGAGAGGUCGGAGCUGGUCAAACUCUUGCGGAAGCUGCAGGAGAGGAUGCGAGAGGCUGAGGCCAAGUUGGAAGCCAGCGAGGAUGUGGUAGAAGAGGUGGCUGCAAUCGCCACAUCUCUGGCAUUCGCGCAGGCGAUCGCAGCGCCAAAGGCCGUGAGCCGCUUGUGUUUUUCUGUGGAGCAGACGCUGGCAGAGCUUCAAAGUCGAUGCCAAGCGAAGCGCCAAGCAGACCAAGCGGAUGGAUCUCUCAAGGCGUCUGACUUCUUGCAACUCUCCUGGGAGCAGAAAGAUGCUGUGGAGUAUCCACACAGCUUGUUCCUUCAGGGUCGCUCUGGCACUGGCAAGACAUUGGUUCUGGUGCAGCGCAUCCUGCUGAGGAGGGAGGAGAAGACUCCCUCCCAGCUCUUCAUCACAAAGUCUCAUCUCCUGCGGGACACCGUGGUACAGCAACUGCGGGCAGCUGGAGUCCCAGUGAUCGCUGGGUUUGGGCCGUGGCCCCCGCAGACAGCUGUGCUUUGCCUGUCAUGGAACCAGCUGGCCUCUCACUUCGGCGCAGCCGCAGACUGCAUUAGGUUCCAGGAGUUCAAGAACUACAUCUUCCCUACGCUGCGGAGGUCCUGCAGUGGCUUGUCAGCUCUUUCUGCGAAGCUGGUGUGGACUGAGUUCACCUGCGCCUUGCGACCGUUUGCCCGGUGGCACUGGAAUGGGCUUGACCUGGAGGAGUACUUGAAGUGCGAUGUGAGCGGGCAAGGCGUGCACCUCACUCCCAGCGACCGACGCGCUGUGCAUCGCGCCUUCUCCGUGUACACAAUCAUGAAAGAGCAGGCCUCGCGAAAGGAUGAAGUGGAUGUGGCCAUGAAUCUUCAAGCGCGCCUGGCGCAAAUGGCAAAGGUAGACGAGGUCUUCGUAGACGAGGUGCAAGAUUUCGCCCCAGCGCAGCUGAGUGUGUUACUCCAGAUGUGCUCAGACCCCCAUGGCUUUACAGUGGCUGGGGAUACGUGUCAGACGAUCAACCCUGGCAGUGCCUUUUGCUUUGCGGACAUUAUGAAUGCGCAUGUGAAGAUCCUGGAGCAUCAAAGACGAGAGAAGAAUGAUGCGCAGCUGGACUGCAUCAGUGGCUUCCAGGUCUUGCGCUACAACUAUCGCUGUGCGCCUGGGAUUCGCGGCCUUGCCAACACCGUGACAGGCCUGCUCUUCACUCGCUUCCCUCGAUCCUGCGAUCACAUUGAGGAGAUCGGCGAGACACGCACGCAGGUGCGACCCCUGCUGAUUCAGACAGGCGACGCCUGCACUGCGAGUGUGAUAGCAGGCACGGGUCUUCUGCAAUUCGACGCGGCCAUUGAUGCCAGCUCUGCUGCUAUCCUUGUACCCGAUGACGCUGUUCGAGAUCGGCUGCGAGCAAGGGGCUGCCAAGUCACAACUCUGACCGUUUCAGAGGCGAAAGGUCUGGAGUUUGACUUGGUCAUCCUUGUAGACUUGCUUGGCAAGUCAAAUUACCAGCAGGCCAUUGGGGAGCUAGCAGAUGAGAAUUCGGAAGGAUCUCACUUGGCAAUGUUCGCAGCAACUGCAGAUCCCGGCGACGUGGUUCUGCAACACUCCGAUACAUUUUACAAGAUGGUCCCAGCUAUCCAUGAGCUCAAGAUCUUGUACACGGCCAUAACGCGCUCGAGGUUUGGGUGUGCCAUUUUGGAGGCAGAUGCAGCAACGGCGCCCUGGGGCCGGUUGCUUUGUCAUUGGAUCCAGCAGGGAGCUGUUGAGUACUUGUCGGAUGUCUCUGGCUAUGCUGACAGGGCGGAGAAGGGGCCACAAAAUCCUACGAGCGAAGACCUUCCAAUAGACACUGGCGCUGUCGAAGAGACUUCGGAGUCAGAGUCCGAGACUGGAGUUGCGCUGCCUGCAAUGGUCGCUUGGCUGGAAGCGGAACUGGAGCAGAGGUCAGGGAGGCUUCACCGGCAGGCACGGCGGAGCUUGAGGGAGGAGCUGGACAGGCUGGAGUCUUCAGAAGAGCGAGUUGAUCCGAGCUUUUGCCAAGACUUCUUCGCCCUGCACGGCAUGCUGAUCGAGCCAGACUUUGAGUGGCAGACCCACCGCAAGCUGCCUCAAGCCACCACUGCCUCACUGCUGGCUCGGAGCCAGGCAGCCGCGGCUCCGGGCACUGAGAAAGCUUUGCCCUCCAGCACACGGGAUCUGGCUGAUGUGCCCUCCUUGGUUGUUUUCAUGCGACAGCACUUCCAGGAGAAACCUGUGGAGGACUUGCGGAUCCCCCUGCGGGAGCUGCAGGGCCAUGCCAAGCAGCUUUUGAUGCACGCUCUGGACAGUCCUCGCGAGCGUCAGCAGAUCUUCACACAGGCCCUGGACGCGGCGCGGCGGAGCCUCUCCUUGGCGGAGAUGGUGCUGCAGGUGCAGCUGCUGAACGAAGGGAGGGAGCAGGCCCCUCGGCAGCUGUGGUGCCCCAUCAAGGCAGCGCCUUCCACCGCCUGGAGGCACCAGCUGGCGGUCCUACUGCAAGGUGCAUCCUCCAGACGCUGCCACUUGCGAAGGCUGCGGAAAGUGGCGUUGUGGGAGCAGAUCUUCUCCUUCGUCGAUGGAGGAAUCGCUCUCUAUGAUCAAGUCUUCCUUGUGGCAGAGAGGGUGGCGGAGCAUGACACCACCCGGCACGCCCUUUUGCAGGUGCUUGUCCAGUGCAAAGCGGGAUUGAAGUGGAUGACUGCGACGCAGCGGAUUGAUCUCAGCAGGGUCAAGGAGAGUCUGGACGAACGCGAGCGCCUGCUAUCUUUACAUGACUUGCAUUCCCCCUGGACAAUUUGGUUUGACGCCUGGCAAGAGGCGUGGCAACAGCGCGCAGGAUUGGUGACCUACUGUGCGUGGACGGCGCGUGCAAUGUAUGGCGCAUGCACAUGCAACCGCGGGGAAGAACAGUUCAAAUGCUGCACAUGCAUGCAGCAAGAGCCGAUUUCGCGCAAAUGGGCGCGGCUGGUGCUGCGUUGCUUCACUCGUGAUGCGCUUCAGAGAUUUCAGUCCUUCAAAAUGCCAGGGUUGCAGGGCAAGCUCCAGCCCCUGCGCACGGAACUUGGGAAGAAAUUAUGCCAGGUGCGCAAGGCUGACUUCAAAUGCUUGCUGACAAAGGCAGACCAAGCCCUGGGUAGCGCAGAGGAAGCGCUGCAGCACCAGCUUGCAAAAAUACAAAGUCAUCAUGCACAGUGCGCGGAGGCUGGCCGGAUGUUCCUGUUUGCCGGGGAUGUAGAGCAUGCGGCAGAGGCAACGACAGAAGCGACCACAUUUGUCAAGGAUCUGUUGGAUUUGAGCAAGUGCUAUCCAAUUCUCCAUAGAGGGCCCUUGCGUAAGGUCCUUGCCUCCGUUGCGAGUGACUUUCGUUUGGGCUCCUUACGUUUUCCAUGUGGGUCGGGGGUCCAGGCUGCCUUAUGCUGGACAUUCUUGUCUUCAGGUGGUGACAAGCAUGUUUCAGCUUGGGAUGCUUGGCGACGAGCAGAGGAAGCUUUUGCAUCGCUUCCAGACAUGUACCGGGCUGCGGUGUGCGCAAUGCAAUGCCAGAAAUGGAGACAGGCAUUGACAUAUGUGAGUGCCAGUGACGACAUGCAAGGAGUCAAGCGUCAACUGAUUUGCCUUUGCGCUAGUGGUAUUGCUUUGCAAUGCCAAGCCGAUAUGAUGUGACUUACGAGCUGCUUUGAUGCAUUGGAGGA